AUGUUUCACGAGCAAGACGUCAACGAGCUGCAGCCCUGGACUUCCUCUAGAUCUGUGCCAUGGGAUGCUCACGGCCGUUGCUACAGGGCUUCGACAGAAUCCGACAUGGCGGACCUGGAGGACAUCGACAACUUAGACGGCUCGCCUAAGGCAGAGUACGUGGACAUGGCUGCUAGACACUCCUGGCAAGACCUGGAACUGAGUUAUGUCAAGAAUCCGGCAGCUUCUUCCAAUGCAAACUCGGUGAGGGUUCCGCUGGUGGACUCGCAGCCACAGGAGGAGGUCAUCGACCUCAGCCACACAUGCUACAACCUGAUCUUCGUCAGUGGGAGGGCGAGUGUGCUUGCUCCCAUGCUCGCAGUCGCUGUCGGGCAAUUCGGCAUGCUUUGGAUCGUGGGCUGGACAUCUCCCGAGUACUUCUUCGAGAGUGGUCAGUGGGUAGUUCCGAUAUCGGACUACUGGUCUGUGAAUGCGAUGAAGUGCUUGUCCAUGCUCCUCACCCUCUUCAGAGUCAGUGGGGAGUUUAAGGAUGCUGCCAAGCUCUACCGCGUUCUCGCACACCGGCCAGCUGUCCAAAUGACCAUGCAGCAGCGAUUCCUGGGCUUCGGUGCGUUCAUCCUGCAAUACCUCGUGGCUGUGGUUGUGCUGCUGAUGGCAAUUCAACUGAUUCUGGCUAGCACGACGCCCAUUGCCACCAUCGGCAAAUUGUGGGUUGUUUUCACGACACUGGACUUCGACAACUACCUUUGCAACUUUAUCCUCUUCAUCUUUGACUGCGAGCAUGCUUUCACUUGGCAGGCAAGGCUCCAGCGCCGCUCGGCGCGACGGCUGGGCGGCGAACCCCUCAGGACCUGGCUCCUGAUCUACUGGGCUCCCGUCGGCGUAGCGCUCGCUUGCGUCUGUGUGUCGGUUUACUUCAACAUUUGCCCCCUGACGGCCGUGCAUUACGGAGCUGUCAGGAAUCAGGAGCCUGUGCUGAUGCUCACCUCGAACAUGGGCCUCCCUCAGAGCUGCUGCGCACCUCAGGUGAUCGUUCCGGAGUCAGAUUCUCUGGCACUGGACCAGUCUGCUGGGGUGCAGGUUAGUGUGCCCUGCGUGAGUCCGGGCGAAGUUGGAACAGGCAGCCGCCGGCCACCUCGACUCUACUACGUAGUCGUUCCAGAUGGGCGCCCGAGUCCUUCCAGCCUCCAGGUCAUGGAAGGCCGUGGUGGUGAUGGCAACCGUGGGCUUCGAUACGGUCAUGCGGAGGCAACACCCUUGCAGAUGCGCUGGUGGCUCACCAGCCACGGCUUCGCCCCAGCCGUCUACGAGGCCAUGCGGAAAAGCGGUGCCGGCGGCCUCGGGCUGUACCAGAACACCUUCCCAAACCUUGCAGAGUGGACCAUUGGCGACUUUCCAUGGAUGGCCAGGGCUCGCAUUUUCGUCACUGCGGUGAAUCAAGACACCGGCGCGCUCAGCCCGUCACCGGUGCAGUCGGCUGUGAUCAUGCGCAAAGUCUGCUCCGCCCACUGCCUCAGGUGCGACUCCGAAGGAGCGUGCCUGGCCUGUGACAGUGGCUACGUGCUGGAAGAGCGCGAGCAAGACGAACACCAGGCGCCUGCGACAGGGCGCAAGUUCCGGGUUUGCCUGCCCUGUGGUGAAGGAUGUGCACAGUGCCACAAGUCAGGCCCUGGGCGAUGCGAUGAAGGGAAAUGCGUUCUAGGGCGUGGGCUUUCCUUGACCGGCCAGUGUCUUCCAUGUGCUGGAAGUAUCUGCUCGGGCUGCGACGAGGAGGCCACAAGCCUGGGUCGUUCUGCCGACGACAGUGUUGCAACUCCAACAGAGCUUCCAUGUCGUCGCUGCCCCGCCACCUUCGGCCUCACGAAAGACCGCCGAAGUUGCGAGCCAUGUCAAGUUCGCGGCUGCCGGCGAUGCGAUGCACUCCUGGACUUCUGCCAGGAAUGCGUGGAAGGCUCGACACUCAAGAACAGGAGCGAUGGCACCAGAAUUGUACAGGACUGCCUGAGCUGCGCCGAUCACUGUUCCAGGUGCGAGCUGCUGGGAGAAGGCCGCUGUGAUCCAGAGCGCUGCGACCAGGGCUUCAGCCUGACACCCACAGGAGUGUGCGCCCCCUGCUCCAUGCACUGCUCCAACUGCAGCAAAGCUGGACCGGGUCACUGCGACUCAGGAAGCUGCCGAGCUGGCUAUGGCUUGCAAGGAGGCACGGACUGCUCAAAGUGCCAAGUCGAAGGCUGUGACGUUUGCGACCUAUCCCUGGGUCGCUGUGACGUCUGCCGCGAGGGCUUCGGAUUAACACCGGAUCGCAGCUGCGAGGCCUGCGCGACCGCCUGCAAACGUUGCACAGGGGCAGGUGUCUCUCCAGGCUGCGCAGAAUGCGUUCCAGGAUUUGGGCUGGACGCGGGACAAUGCUUGGCUUGCGCAGAUCAGUGUGAGCGCUGUGCGGUCCGUGGCCCUGGUUUCUGCGACGAGGUGGCCACCCUCCUCACGUCGCGGAGGACAUGGCCAAGAAAGCAAAGCGCGUUACCUUCUCACCGGUCGUGGAAGUGUACGCGAUCGAAGGCCGACGCCCGCUUCAGCAUUUUGUCGCUUGCAACGGCGUCCAGAUGUCGUCGCUGCCAUACCAGCGUUGGUAGAAGCUGCCAUGGCCUGCAAGGAGGCAGACAAGUGCAGUUUCUAUGUUAUGUCGGGGCACGGACUGCUCAAAGUGGCAAGUCGGCUGCUGUGACGUCUGCGACCAAUCCCUGGGUCGCUGUGACGUUACGGUGCGAGGCCUGCGCGACCGACUGCAAAACGCGGCAGGUCCCGCAGGCUACGCAGAAUGCGUUUCAGGAUUUGGGCUGGACGCGGGACAAUGCUUGGCUUGCGCAGAUCAGUGUGAGCGCUGUGCGGUCCGUGGCCCUGGUUUCUGCGACGAGGACUCUUGCAGUGUUGGCUGGGUUGUUCGAAAUGUCAGCGGCUGCACCUCCUGCGUGCACCCUCCUCCACCUCCAUGAGACAGCGAAUCACAACACGAUGAAGCAACUAAAGUUGCGACGGAAGCUGCUGCAACUCUUGAAGUUCGAGGUGGCAGAUCUGUUCUUGGAAGUGUAUGCAGAGAACGAGCACGGGAACCUCACAGUUGACAGGUUGUCAGUGUCUGCGAGUCAAGGCCAGGUUCAGUAUUUGCCUGGGAAAAGCACUCCGAGUUUACCUCCUUGUCCGAUCUCAAGGGAUGAGGCCUCCCCCAAGCAGAACUGCAAGACUACGAACGCUGCCAAGGGCGGCAAGUGUGAGCGGAAGAAGAUGCCAUAG